GCGACGGCAGCUGGGGGCAGUGACAGCUCGGAGCUCCGCUAGGCUAGGCGGCGGCGGGGCGACAAACCGCACGGCGAGGGAAGGAACACCGAGCGGCCCCGGCAGCUGCUGUCUCCUCAUUCCCAGUCCCUGGUACCUCUCCGCUCUUCCUUGCGCGCAAGAUGGCUGACCCGGCUGCGGUGCCGCCACCGAGCGAAGGCGAAGAGAACACGGUCCGCUUCGCCCGCAAAGGGGCCCUCCGGCAGAAGAACGUCCACGAGGUGAAGAACCACAAAUUCACCGCUCGCUUCUUCAAGCAGCCCACCUUCUGCAGCCACUGCACUGACUUCAUUUGGGGAUUCGGAAAACAGGGAUUUCAGUGUCAAGUGUGCUGUUUCGUAGUCCAUAAGAGAUGCCAUGAAUUUGUCACCUUCUCCUGCCCGGGUGCUGAUAAGGGCCCAGCCUCUGAUGAUCCACGGAGCAAGCACAAGUUUAAAAUCCAUACUUAUUCCAGUCCAACAUUUUGUGACCACUGUGGCUCUUUGCUGUAUGGGCUCAUUCACCAAGGAAUGAAAUGUGACACCUGCAUGAUGAACGUGCACAAGCGCUGUGUGAUGAAUGUCCCCAGCCUCUGCGGAACAGACCACACUGAGCGUCGAGGACGAAUCUACAUCAAGGCCCAGAUUGAUAAAGAUGUUCUUACUGUUGUUGUAAGAGAUGCAAAAAAUCUAGUACCUAUGGAUCCUAAUGGUUUGUCAGAUCCUUAUGUAAAACUGAAACUCAUUCCUGAUCCCAAGAGUGAGAGCAAGCAGAAGACUAAAACCAUCAAGUGUUCCCUCAACCCUGAGUGGAAUGAGACUUUUAAGUUUCAACUGAAAGAGGCUGACAAAGACAGACGACUUUCUGUGGAGAUUUGGGACUGGGAUCUGACCAGCAGGAAUGACUUCAUGGGGUCCUUGUCCUUUGGGAUUUCAGAGCUGCAGAAAGCUGGUGUUGAUGGAUGGUUUAAGUUACUAAGUCAAGAGGAAGGAGAGUAUUUUAAUGUUCCAGUUCCUCCUGAAGGAGAAGAAGGCAAUGAAGAGCUCAGGCAGAAAUUUGAGAGAGCCAAGAUUGGCCAGGGAACCAAGGUUACCGAAGAAAAAACAGCCAAUGCAAUAUCUAAAAUUGACAACAAUGGAAACCGAGAUCGGAUGAAACUGACUGACUUUAACUUCCUCAUGGUGCUGGGGAAAGGCAGCUUUGGCAAGGUCAUGCUUUCAGAAAGAAAAGGCACUGAUGAACUCUAUGCUGUGAAGAUCCUGAAGAAAGAUGUCGUGAUCCAGGAUGAUGAUGUGGAAUGUACAAUGGUGGAGAAGAGGGUUCUUGCUCUUGCUGGGAAACCUCCAUUCCUGACACAGUUGCACUCCUGUUUCCAGACAAUGGAUCGCUUGUAUUUUGUGAUGGAAUAUGUGAAUGGUGGAGAUCUCAUGUAUCAGAUACAGCAGGUUGGACGAUUUAAAGAACCGCAUGCUGUAUUCUAUGCAGCAGAAAUUGCUAUCGGUCUAUUCUUCUUACAAAGCAAAGGCAUCAUUUAUCGAGACCUAAAACUUGACAACGUAAUGUUGGAUUCUGAAGGCCACAUCAAGAUCGCUGACUUUGGCAUGUGCAAGGAGAACAUUUGGGAUGGAGUGACCACCAAGACAUUCUGUGGCACCCCAGACUACAUUGCUCCCGAGAUAAUUGCCUAUCAACCUUACGGGAAGUCGGUAGAUUGGUGGGCAUUUGGAGUGCUGCUGUAUGAAAUGUUGGCUGGCCAGGCUCCUUUUGAAGGAGAAGAUGAAGAUGAGCUUUUCCAGUCUAUCAUGGAGCACAAUGUGGCCUACCCCAAGUCCAUGUCAAAAGAAGCUGUGGCCAUCUGCAAAGGGCUAAUGACCAAGCACCCAGGUAAACGUCUGGGAUGUGGACCUGAAGGUGAACGAGAUAUUAAGGAACAUGCAUUUUUCCGGUAUAUUGACUGGGAGAAACUUGAACGCAAGGAGAUUCAGCCCCCAUACAAGCCAAAGGCUAGGGACAAGCGUGAUACGUCUAACUUCGAUAAAGAGUUCACCAGACAGCCUGUGGAACUCACUCCCACUGAUAAACUCUUCAUCAUGAACUUGGACCAAAAUGAGUUUGCUGGAUUCUCCUACACUAACCCAGAAUUUGUUAUUAAUGUGUAGAUGAGACGUGUAAUCCCGUGGUCAUGUCCAAAGUCGGCGACUUUAGACCAAGUUGUAAAUAGGAAUUCUAGUCUUCUGGGUACUAUUCACCAUGUGGAGAGAUUGUUUUCUGGGGCCUAUCUUUGUACAUGUAUCUUGCCAGCUUGUUUUCUACAUUUGGAAAUGUUUCAUUUGGAGCAAAAUGCAUUAACCUAAUAGCCAGAGGUCCAAUUUUUCCAGCCUCUAACCCAACCUUAGUUAUGCAUUGAAUGAGCAAAAAAUAUAUAUAUUCCAACUCCUGUGUCUGGUCCCCAAAAUGCUUCCAUCUUUGUAAUUUUUAAAAUCAGAAGCUGACAUUCUGGUCAAGUUUUUACAGUUACUCCACAGUGGGUUUUUUUUUCCUUUGAAUGCUAAGCAUGGUCGGUAUUUUUAAGAGUUGUGAGUAAGCUUUGCUGUUACUGUGAACUUAGUGUCUCUUAGAGGAACCUUUUGUUCAAGAAGCUGAGAUGAUUAAAUCUGAUUAAUGUAUUGAAGAUGUAUGCUUUACCCAUUUCUAUUUUUAAGUGCAUUGUAUAUAGUAUAACAGGCUUGAUGAAGCUACCGUCUUCCUCCUUCGCUCAUAGGAAAUGUAUCCACUUGGCCAUUCAUUCACUGUUUUUCAUGUUUAUUAAUGACUCAGGCAAAAAAAAAGUCUACGCAGCACUAAAUAAGCAAAAGAGAAGGCCAGAAGAGAAGUCGAAAUGGCUCCUGGGGUAUUGCUAAAUAGGGCAUUUCUGUCAAAAGGGUACGUUCCCUUUACUGCAGUCACACCAGGGAGGAAGGCAAGGGGGAGUGGGGCAGCACAAACCCCAGCGCUGAGCCCACUCAUGUCUCCGUGAGGGUUUCCUUACUCUAUAAAGGGGAUACAUCCAUCUUCCUCUCUCCAAAAAUAUAGAUGCCCAUGAAAUUCAGCAGGGAACAGUAAUGUGGUGAUUUCUAAAGGUCACUGGCAAGCUAUGAAGCCUCUGCCUCCUGAGCAUGUUCCUUUUUAUUUUGCCUCAUUUACCUCCUUUGUGAAAUGAUGGUUUCAGACUAAGUGAGCUAUAAAGAGCCUUGUGGCUCUGAUACUGUUCUAACAUUUCUUUUCUGACAUUCUAGGCUCUUCUGUUCUUCUUCUGACAAAUCUGACAAAAGCUUUUCCUUUUGGCCCAAGUAGGAGGAAGGCUUCCCAUUAGGGCCCACCUGCCUCCAUAAUACAUUUCUCAAUAAUCUUUCACAAAAUUCAGCCCCCAGUGCUAUUCACUUCUAUCUUCUUUUUAUAUUACUUUUCCCUUUGAUUCCGUUUGUGAAAACAUGGUAAUCCCAGCCUGGAUGUACCAUGCAAGAGGUCUCUGCUCCUGCCAAAGCUAGUAGGCAGUAGCAAAGAGCACUGCUGUCAGAUCGAAUGAAUUGUGAUGUUCUCCUAAGAUGACUCAGAGUUCUCCCCACCUCCACCACUCAUGUGUAUCCACUUGCCCAGUACAGCUCCCAUGGCUUAAAACCUGUACUGAGAUGUUUACAUUUCCAUCUACACACACACACACAAUUUGGGGUCAUCUUCUCCAAAACUUGGCAGUGUUGCCCAUUAUAAUUCAUACUUAUAGAGACCAGAAGAAUGGAAGUUGGGGAAAAGAAAAUGUAUGUAUUUUUUUGUGGGUUGUUGAAAAACAUUUUUUUUUGCCUUUUUAAACUAAAUGCCAAUGUUUUGCCCCUAGACACAUCUUUUUUUGAUAUGAUAUAUUAGGGAAUCAAGCUGUAGCAAUCCUGAUGACUUUGUUCUCUCCUAUAUCCCUCUGCCAGCCACAGUCACUUUUUACAUGGGCAGGAAAGAUCUUUUUUGGCAAAAAUAUUGCAAGAUGCUUACAUAUAACAAAAUGAAAAUCCAUGGAAUGUGUCAAAACAAAGCAAACAGAAUAAAGAGCAACUGGCCAUAUAACCCUGAGACUAAUUUUCUCUAGAAUUCAAUUUCCUCACCUAAAAAAUGAGAGAACCAUUACACAAUUUGUCUUGAAUUGGGCAGGGCAUCAUAAAGAUAUAUAGAGGCUUGAGAAGGCCUUCCUUCUCCUUCCUCCCAGAUGACAGGUAGGGAGAAAUAAAAUUUGUCAAUACCCUGAAAAACCAAAAUUUUCCCUGCUAUUUGUCCUUUUGGCUUAUGUCUGACAUCAUCCUCCCAGGCUCUUUUUGCUGCCCCCUUGAUACAGCCAUGGUAUACUGUCACAUUGGCAAAAACCAAAUUACAUUAAAAUGCUCUUUGAAGCUAUAGGGCUCAGCUGACUAAGUUGAGUAAAGGGACUCUUUUCAUCUAUCCAGAUCAGCAUCUGCUCUACAAUUUACAAUCUUAGAAACCUGCCUGCAGAACAUAGAAGGUCAGAGCUGGAAGAGCCUUUAGAACAAGAACAUAAGUGGUCGGUAAGAGGACUUUAGAACUCUUAAAUACAGGAUGCCAGAGAUGGGAAGAGCUUUCUAGUCCAGCCAUUUCAUUUCACAUAGGAGGAAACUGAAGUCUAUCAAAAAAAAUGUUGUUACCAAGAUUAAAACUCCAGUCUCCCAGUGUUGCUGAAGACUGAACUCUAUAUUGGUCUCAAUCAAAUGCAAUAAGUACUUAUUAAGUGCUUGCUGUGUGCCAGGAACUGUGUAAAAGAUUGGAGGAAAAAAAAUAAAAAUUUCCCUGCCCUCAAGAAACUUAUAUUCUACUAGGUGGGGGAGGAGGGAGAGGAAAUAAUGUACAAAAAAAGUAAAUGCAAAUUAUAUGCCUGGAAGAUGGAGCAUCUUUGAUCAAUUACCAAGGCCCAAUUUUCCAUGUGACUUUAGAACAGAUAAAUCAAGUCCAUCUAAUGGCUUUACUCUAUCGAUGAGGGCUUCUAUAGGGGUCUGGUACUCUUUGAGGGAUGAGAUGAGAAUGCUCUCAGGGAGUUUCUCCAAGUCCCUCCCUGAGCAAAAAUGACCUCAAGACAUAUGUGAUGAACAGAUUCUAGGUCUAAGGCCAGCAAUUUUGCUUCAAAGCAUGAAGAAGCAAUCUCCCCUGCCAGAAAGAAAAGGAAAGGAGAUCUUCUAAUUGGUCUCUCUCAAUACUUGUUAGCCCGGCCACUUUGGCUAACCAAAGGUUUCUUAUCCUAUAAUUAUUGGGCUUGUAGCUUGACAGAUCUGUUAAUUUGUUGUCCUUUUACUUUCUUUCCCUAAGUACUAGUAAAGCUCUUAAAAAAAAAACUCAGCAACCAAACUGGGUUCAUCUGAGCUAAGGGAAAUAGAGGGGAUUAUCUAAAGCCAAACCAGACCAAGGUUGAUGGUAGAGAUAGAUAUAUAAGGCCUACUCCUGCCCCAGAGCUUUGGGGACCAGCCAUUAAAUAUUGCACUCAGAGUUAUAGAGUUUGAAAAUCUUAGAACUGACUAAAUCUGGCCAGAAUUUCCUGCCUGGGGUCCUGCUUCUUCACACAAGUUCCAGAAAACCUAAGCAUUAUUCACUGCUGGCCCAGUCAAAGGCAGGGACCAUAAGUAUGUUAGAUUCAGUGCCCUGGGUCACACUGUGCCAAGCUAAGUGGUCUUUGAGGUUAUCUUUUUCUAAAACGAACCUAAAAAGAGUUCAUCUCCACAGGAGGAGGGAGAGCCUGGCCCUCCCAGAAAUUGUGUUUUUUCUCACUGCUCACCCAAGAGGCAGGGCCCUCGAGGGGCUCUUGGAUUCCACAUAGCAUUAUUUCUUAUCAUGUUUCAUGGGGAAUGCAAAAAUGCCAUGAUCCACCUUUUCAUUUUGUGUGUAUUGUGACUUUCUUUUCAUCUGCAAGUAUUGAUAAUUUUGAUACCUUAUCUUAAAUCUAAUGUGUUUGACUAAAGGAAUUCUAAAGACUGCAUCAUAGAUGGAUAUAUAACUUCAGUUCUACUUGCUGCAUGUAUGAAAAUAAAUAAAAUCUAUAAUUUAUAGAAA